AUCAUUGCCAAUUAACUCAGAAUCCUUUGCGGAGGAUCCCGAUACGGAGAACGACAGUGAUAUAUUGACGGAACUUAAUGGGGUCGACUUGGUUAUGAGUCUAUCCCCAAAGUUAUCCUCUUCGACACCAAUUCACCAACACCACCAAUUGGAGCAACAGUUAUUAAAGCAUAAUAUUUCUGUGGGACCAUCACCACAUGCUGCUUCGGCAGCAGCGACUUCAGUGGUUCAUCAGAAUAAUUUUUCUAGUAUUCACCAUAUGCAAAGCUUACAUAAUCAACAUCACAGCUCCAUAUUUAAUAGCAACCAUUCUACGCCAUUUAGUGUAACAGAUAUUUUAAGUCCAAUUGAGGAAUCAUAUCGGAAACUGGAGUUAACUUGCAGCCCUCCUUCACCGUUUAGAACAAAUUCCAGCGGAAGUAGUGUGACUUCACCCAGUACCUUAGGAUCUGCCACCAUGGCAAACCCGUACGCCAUGAGUUCACUUUAUCAUAGCCCAGGAGUUCAAAGCUACUGCGGCCCAGCAGAUAACCUCUCUCUGGCGGGACACUAUUCAGAUAUGAGAAGUUCAGCGACUUGGUAUGGAUCUACAACAAAUGAUCCCAGAUUUGCAAUAACGAGACUAAUGGGUGGAUCAGCUACUAGCUCCAUGGGGCAUAUGGGAAAUAUGGGAAGCUUAGCAACCUGCAGUGUUUCCGAUUCCAAGCCAUUGCAAUUUCCAUUGACACAACGGAGGAAAAGAAGAGUAUUAUUUACACAGGCUCAGGUGUAUGAAUUAGAGAGACGAUUUAAGCAGCAAAGGUACCUGUCCGCACCAGAAAGAGAACACUUAGCCAGCCUCAUACACUUAACACCAACUCAGGUUAAAAUAUGGUUUCAAAAUCACAGGUAUAAAUGCAAAAGGCAAGCAAAAGAAAAGGCCAUGGCAGAACAAAGUCAACAAAACCAGACCUCAAGUUCGCCUAGACGUGUUGCGGUACCUGUACUGGUAAAAGAUGGUAAGCCCUGCGCGGGUAAUAACAGUGGACCACAAUCGCAGCAAGCUAGUACCAAUGCCAGUAACGGCAAUUCUAGUUCUAACAGCAAUACCAAUAACACUAUAAACGAAAACAAUGGGUCCGCGGAAGUAAAUAACAGCAUUUCAAGUAGUUUGAACCUUAUUACAGGAGAAACAACUAACUCCCACUCUCCAGACACAUCAAAUGCGCUCAUUGCCAGUUACAAUGGGACAAUCGUUGGUCACAAUCAAAUCCAGCAACAAUCUUGUAAUAAUUCUUUAAUGUCAAACAGCUUAGCAAUGGCAUAUCGCAAUCAGAAUAAUUUUAUUUCAAACGGGCAUCAGCAACAGUGCACGGGGUAUUUGCCUUUACAAGGCAGAGCGUGGUAAAAUAUAUAAGAAAAUAUAUUAUAUUAAUUACGUACUAUAUGUAUAUGUGUAUGACAUGUAUCUAUUCAAUCCUGUCCGGUUGUUUGCAAAAACCUAACGGAUUCAUGAUAGAAACGAACAUUUGUAUUACCAGGAUGCCCAGGAUGGCGAGGCAUGUACGUCUGUCCGCUCGUACGUCCGGUCCGUCCGUGCAGACGAUGACAUGAGUAAAUGUUCAAAUAUUAAUGAAACUCUUGUUAUUUUUCUUAUAUAGUAGGUUGCUUUUUUUUUUUAAUUAAAUAAAGAAAUAAAAAUUGGUUAGAUCAGGUAUAGGAAAUGAUUGCAAAAAUACAAUUAUAUAUAAAAUAAUACGGUCGCGACGUCUUUUAUUUGGAAUAAAUGUCUGUAUCGCAAAAACACUCCAACGACUCAAUAUAACUUUGACCCCCAUUGCUUUUAAUCUCAUAAAACCACUCACUGCUUAAACAUUAAUAAAAUAUGACAGUAGCCCCCAUAGCACGAACUUUUCAAAAUUAAAAAUGUGAUAUAUCUAAUGCUAUUACUUAUAGAAUUCCAAUUGUAUGCGUAUAAUAAUUUUAAAGCUAAAAAUACGAUGCUGACCUAAUUACAUUUCAUAGAAAGGUGCGCAUGGAAUAUAAAGCUCGGUUCUGGCCGAACUUAUUUGUUUGUUAUAAAAUAAACAUCCUCGCAGACUUAAAAAAAAUUGUAUGCAAACUCUCGAAUAAAAUUUUUUGAAUCAA